AUGGCCCCAAUGACCCGCUUCCGCGCCGACGACAACCACAUCCCACUCCCCUUCAUGAAAGACUACUACGCACAGCGCGCCUCAGUCCCAGGAACCCUCCUGAUAACCGAAGCAACCUUCAUCUCCCCGCGCGCCGGCGGCUACCCCAACGUGCCGGGAAUCUACAACGACGCGCAAAUCGCCGCGUGGAAGGAAAUCACCGACGCAGUGCACGCCAAGGGCAGCCACAUCUACGUGCAGCUGUGGGCACUCGGCCGCGUCGCCGUCCCGGAUGUGCUGAAAGCAGAAGGCGAUUUCGAACUUAUCUCUAGCAGUGCCACGCCUGCUUCCGAGGACGCCGCUACGCCGCGUGCGCUUGAGGAGGCUGAGAUCGCUGGCUGGGUUGAAGACUAUGCGCAGGCUGCUCGGAAUGCUGUCAAGGCUGGCUUUGACGGUGUUGAGAUCCAUGCUGCGAAUGGGUAUCUGAUUGAUCAGUUUAUUCAGGAUACCUGCAAUGUGCGUGAGGAUGGGUAUGGCGGUAGUGUUGAGGCGCGGGGACGGUUUGCUGUUGAGGUUACGCGGGCUGUUGUUGAUGCUGUUGGUGCGGAUCGCACGGGUAUCCGGUUUAGUCCUUGGAGUACUUUCCAGGGCAUGCGGAUGGCUGAUCCUAAGCCGCAAUUUGCGUAUCUUGCGACGCAGAUGGCUGCGUUGAAGCUUGCUUAUGUUCAUGUUGUUGAGUCGCGGAUUUCGGGCAAUGCGGAUGUGGAGUCGACUGAUCAGUUGGAUUUCUUCCUCAAGGCUUAUGCUGAUGCUUCGCCGGUUAUUGUUGCUGGUGGGUAUAAGGCUGAUUCGGCGGUUCGGGCCGUUGAUGGCAAGUAUAAGGAUUAUGAUGUUGUUAUUGGGUUUGGAAGGCCUUUUAUUACUAACCCUGAUCUGGCUUUCCGCAUUAAGGAGGGUAUUUCCUUUGUGCCUCAUGACCGGACGAACUUCUAUGUUCCCAAGGAUCCUAAGGGAUACAUUGACUAUGAGUUCAGUGAGGAGUUCAAGAAGACUGUCGAGGCUCAGGCUUGA